AUGGUUCCCAAAACUCAACUCACACCACCCCCACAACGACACAAAGGAAAACAACAAGCGCCCAAGGGUAUCGCACAACCGAGAAGACAAAAGUCGAUACCAUGGCUUCCACAAGAAGAACUAGUUUUGGUACAAGCUUGGGUUAACAUUUAUGAGGAUUUGAUGACGGGAAAUGCACAACCAGGAGAUCAUUUUUGGUUUCACAUUUUAGAACGGUUUCGGGAGGAGCUAGGAAAAGAUGGCGACUACCGUACAAAAUCCCAAAUGAAUUCGAAGUUUCGAGAAAUAGCAAAGGGGGUUUCAAAAAUAAACGGGUUGUACAACAACCUAAAAACCCAACGAAAAAACGGUCAAGGCGAUAAAGAAAUACUUUAA